GCAUUUGCUUACUUUCCAUUUAUCAAGUUUCUAUACCAGUGGAGAAGAAAGAUACUACAGCAUGAAGUUAAUAAUAAACAUUAAAUGGUAGUGCUCCAUUUGUGCCACUUUUAAUCCAAUUAAAAUCUGAGUUUCUUAGUUCAUUUGAGAGCUUUUACUCAAGGGAGUUUCCCUUCCAAAUAUGGCGGACCCGUUGCCGUGGAGACAAGCCCAGCCUACUUAGGGGCGGGCUCUUCCGGGAGCUCGUGCAGUCUACUGUCUUAUGACGUAAAAUGAGUGGGCGUUAAUGCCGUCCUCCUCUCUCCUCCUUGUCCCACCUCACGUUGUAACGUACAAAAGUAGAGCUGGUUCAAUUCGUGUAAUUUCCUGGCUACGGUCGUCGGACCAGAGAGCAGAACAAAAAAAAAAAAAAAAAAAAGAAAUGACAGAAAGCUCUACGGCCAAGCUGCUAAACGGAGACGCCUGUCACCCGACGUCAAAUGGAAAAAAUCACGCGAGUAAAAAUGGCUACGUGAAGAACCACUGUCUGUUCCAACAGUCACAGAAGUACCAUCGCCUCGGAGCAAAGAAGCAAAAUGGGACGAUUAACUCCAGCUUGUACAAGAAGCCCUACAAGGAGUCCUACGAGGAGACGCCUCUCCUGGUGGCCGUGCUCACCUACAUGGGCUAUGGCAUCCUCACCAUCUUCGGCUACCUCAGAGACUUCCUCCGCCACUGGAACAUCGAGAAGUGCUACGUGGCUCGAGAGAGGGAUGAGCAGAAGGAUUUUGUCCCCCUCUAUCAGGACUUUGAGAAUUUUUACACCAGGAACCUGUAUAUGAGGAUCCGAGAUAACUGGAACCGGCCUAUCUGCAGUGUCCCUGGUGCCAAGAUGGACUUGGUAGAGAGAGUUACUUACAACUACAACUGGACGUUUGAACACACGGGGAAAGUGGUGAAGGGCGUCAUCAACAUGGGUUCAUACAACUACCUCGGCUUCGCUGAGAACACUGGAGCUUGUUACGACGCUGCCGUCGAAGCUACGCAUGCCUACGGAGUUGGAGUGGGAAGCACUCGCUGUGAGCUAGGGAACCUGGACAUUCACGAGGACUUGGAGCAGUUGGUCGCCAGGUUUCUGGGGGUUGAGUCAGCCAUGGCCUUUGGAAUGGGCUUUGCCACCAACUCCAUGAACAUUCCUGCUCUCACUGGAAAGGGGUGUCUGAUCUUAAGUGACGAGCUGAAUCACGCGUCGCUGGUGCUAGGCGCUCGCCUGUCGGGCUCCACUAUUCGAGUCUUCAGACACAACAAUAUGCAGAGUCUUGAGAAGCUGCUGAGAGAUGCUAUCGUGCACGGACAGCCCAGAACGCACAGGCCGUGGAAGAAAAUCCUCAUUGUUGUGGAGGGGAUUUACAGUAUGGAGGGGUCCAUCGUCCGUCUGCCGGAGGUCGUAGCUCUGAAGAAGCGCUACAAGGCUUACCUGUACUUGGAUGAAGCUCACAGUAUCGGUGCCCUCGGGCCUAAUGGGAAGGGAGUCGUGGACUACUUCGGCCUGGAUCCCAACGACGUGGACAUCAUGAUGGGAACGUUCACCAAGAGCUUCGGGGCUGCAGGCGGAUACAUCGGAGGCAAGAAGGACCUGAUCGACUACCUGCGCUGCCACUCCCACAGUGCCGUGUACGCCACCUCCAUGCCCCCGCCUGUGGCUCAGCAGAUCAUUACUUCCAUGAAGGUCAUCAUGGGAGAAGAUGGGACCUCACUGGGUGCUGAUCGCCUCAAACAGCUCUCAGAAAACACUAAGUACUUCCGCAGAAAGCUUCGUGAAAUGGGCUUCAUCAUCUACGGCAAUGACGACUCGCCCGUCGCCCCCCUCAUGCUCUACAUGCCUGCCAAAAUCGGGGCUUUUGGCCGAGAGAUGAUGAAGAGGAACAUUGGCACGGUGGUCGUCGGCUUCCCUGCAACGCCCAUCAUCGAGUCGAGAGCUCGUUUCUGCAUCUCGGCCGCUCACACCCGAGAGAUGCUCGACACUGCUCUGGAGGCCAUCGGUGAAGUGGGCGACCUGCUGCAGCUGAAGUACUCCAGACGGGAGCAACCUGGUCCCUCCCUGGGAUGGAUGUCUGAGGAGAGCCUCCUUCAGGACUGAUCACCUUCUUACCUCACUCUUCCUCUGCUUCCAGUUUUUAAAUGCCUGAUAAUACCCGUUGUUUUUUUUGUUUUUGUUUGUUUUUGUCUUUAUUUUCCAGUGAGCCAGUCUCACCACUUAGCUGCUUUGUCGUUUUAUUUGAGAUUCUCGUCCACUCACUCGUGCUCAGGCUGGCAGCUGAUUCACUCGUACCCUGGCAGGAUGUUUGUGUUGUUACAAACUGUUUCCAGGGCAUUUACCCCGUUUCACUCGUCCUGCGUUUUAUUUGUGCAAUAAUACCCCAUAUCCACAAAAGUAGUUGGCAAAAGCUCUGCUUUGAGUUUCUGCUGGGUGCACAGUCGAGGAAGAAAAUGUAAAUAUUAUUUAUCACCACGUUUCACGUCGCCUUAGGGAAGCAUCCCAAACCUUGAGGUCAGAUGAGUUCUUCACGGGGCGAGCGCUCGCUCUGCAUCUGCCCCAUUAGUUCCUUCCCACUCACUUUUACUUGAACAGAGUAUAUAGAUUAUUGGGUUCUUUUCCAAACCAAAAGAUGUAUAUGUACAGAUAUAUUUUCUACCAGUUAUUUUAAAUGCGAAACAGAUGUCCCCUUUAUCCCAAAUAAUAAAAAGUAUGUGUAACAGGUAAAGAAUUCCAGGGAGCAAGACCGACAAAUAUUUUUUUACUGCUCAUUUUCUAGAAACAGUUUCAGCCUAAUUUUACUGUUUACACCUGCGUUUGAACGUUUUGAGCCUAGCGUCUUUAAUAUUUUUAUAAUUUAAUGAGCUACAUGUGCGAUUACCCCCCUCCCCCGUCCCUUGCUCCUCACUGAAGUGCUUUUAUGUAAAUGGUUCUAACUUGGAUCUGUAUGGAUGACGAUGCUCCUCCCAUCUGAUUUUACAGAUUGAUUUAUUUAAGAUGUUUAGUUGUACUUGAGCUAGCUAUAUAUUUUUAACAAACCGUUACCUGAACGGCAGCUCCACAUGUGCUCUGGUAGAGUUUUCAUGCGUCUCGAUUUCAGUGCUGCACCACUGACGGGCUUUUUAAAGCUUAGAUGACGUGGGCAGGAAGGUUAGCCGAACGAUUUCAAUAGAAACUUAGCACAAACUGUAAGAAAAUCGGUGUUUGUUGGAAGAACGCUUCUUGGCAGUAAAUGUUAUACAGUUGGAAAGCUUGUUUGUUUCUCCGUAAAUGGUGCCGUACUUGUGAGGAAAACAGUGGCAGAGUUGAGGAUGUGCGUCGCACCAAAAAACAAAUGUUUCCAAACAUUUUAUUUUGCAGAACAGCCGGUUCUACGGUCGACUCCUGUUCGGCGUUGUCGGAUUAGAUGGUUGAAAUUCUAAAAACGAGACACACAGGCAGUUAGGCGGUUUGUUCAUUGACCUGAGUGGCAUGCGGAAGAACCAUACACAGCCACAUCAACAGCUUGUUCCCACUGCUGUGGGAUGGCAUCUAGUUCUUGUAAGUCAGUUCAUGUGGUUGUGUUGGUCACUGUGACAAACUUCUGCCCAAGCUGAUCCCGCAGGUGUUGAGGUCAGGACUGAGAGGCCGCUCCAUCCUCUCCGCUCGUGUUUGGUGCCAGACGGUGGAGGUGCUGGAUUGCCAGCGCCUGUGAUACCAGAGUAGGCUGUUUGGAAUUGGUGGAGGAGGUUUGAAAAGUUUUCUGUGGGCGCAAGGCAUUCAUUUUCCAAACAAAUGUCACCAUUUCUGGGGAAAUAAAUCGUGUGCGAUUUAUUGUAAAGAAGACGACAAAUGAAUCCACAAAACACAACUUUUCUUAGUUUUGUGUUUAUAUUCUUUAAAUAUAUUUUUCUCAUAACUGAAGGUGUGAAGAUGACCUCCCAUAUCGACUGCUCUUUCUUAUCGUUUGGCUCUUCCGUACGUCAGACGUGGGAUUUGAGUGUUUUAUGUUCUCAUUAGUAUUGUAAGCUUGAGGUCCGGCAAUAGAUUUGUUCAAAUUCACAAUGAUGAAAUAACCAAAAAGACAAACGGGAGCCAUGUUUUGUUUUUGACUUUAUGUUCUCUUUACUUGCGUUCAACCUGUGACACAUUUCAACGUCUUUUAUGAUUUGGUAAAUUGCUCUUGUAAGUAUCAAAUGUGGAAAACGUGACGGAUCUGCAUGCGUUCCUCAGGAAAAUGCUCUGACAAAAGAAUUUCUUCUCGUCAAAGUUUCCUCUCAAGCCGACUGCAGAAGCAUGCGGUAUGUUAAGUCCCAACAUUUCUGCCCGUAGAAGCAAAAAAAAAAAAA